AUGCUAUCACUUUUAAUUGGUUUCCUCCUCGCUGCUGUGGGAGCUGCUAACCUCCCCGGUAGCAUCUGGGAACCUACGGAAUGCAAGACGUGCCCGUAUAGCUUAUGUACAAACAAGAAAGUCUAUGACAGGGGAAACGCAAUUUUCACAUGCUGGACGAGUGGCACCGAUAUCUACACCGAUACGACCUGGCUUAAGACCACUGACAAUUGUUAUGUCGCCCGAUAUGAUGUCGAAGAAUUUGCUGACCCAUCGGAGCUUCCGUACUGUGGCCGUGUCCAACAGCCCGAGUGGCCAAAGCGCAACGGCCGCACACGUUACUACAGCGAAUGCUACCGAAUGCCGUACCUCCAAGAUAGGGCUAGAAAGUACUACAAGAACAACGUCGAUCUGAAUCUACUUUGCGUGGCUCGGAAUGUCACAGGAUACGCGCAUGAAGUCAUGGGGAAGACGUACGUGGGAAGCUAUUUUCUAGGUCGUAAAUUGACACUGCACAGUACAUGGUACAAGACGAACAGCGACUGUUUCGUGCACGAGACAGGCAUUUGGCCCGUAGAGGACGACCUCGAAGACUGUGGACCACUCGAUACCGAGUUGCCGGAGCGAAUACUACCGGAGACAGAAACAACCAUCCCAACGUCAGCCCCGACCCUGUUUCCAACUCCAACGACCGUGCUUCCCAACACCACACCAUCAAGAUCUGCCUCUGUCGCAUCGACGGAUAUCCACCCACUGAGCCGACGUUUCCUCUACAACACUACCAUCGGCGAAGAGUAUGUCAACUGCACAGAAACCAGCAACUCGAAAGACCGCGUGCAUGGGGUGAGACACGUGUAUGAGUUCGACCAGCCUGUGUUUCCACAGUGCGGGACAGUGGACCAAUUCGGACCGCACCCAGACAAUUACACUAUCAUGUUGUUUACUACUGAUUUUUGCUGGAUUAGAGAUGAUGAGUGUUGGGAGCAGUUGUUGCAGUCGAGUUUGCGGUCUGACCACUUUCCGCACUGUGAGUCUUUUACGGAUACGGUUUCUUGA